GUACCGUCAUUAUAUAAAUACUAUUUUAACUUGUACACUCAGCACCCCACUCCCAAAACACUGACGGCUCUGUAUGUAUACACCCCCUGUCGAUCAGCUUCGGUUCGCCGACCUCCUUCUCAGCUCCGGGCACCCUUGGAGGCUCCGCACUCAAGUUCUUUUAUAUGCGGAUGUUCCCUUUCAAAGACUACUACAAAUGGAUCUCUUACGGAAACGUCUACAAGCACUACUUUCCCAACCGCGAGUUCAGCUUUACCCUCGCCAACGACGUCUACAUUCGCUUCCAGUCGUUCAAGGAUGAGGCCGACCUCCGAAACAACAUCAUCAGCAAAUGCCCCGAAAAGAUCGACUUGGGCGCGGUGUAUAAUAUGAAGCCUUCGGACCGAAAGCUUGUCAAGCCGGGUGCGCUUCAGCCCCUCGAACACGAGCUUGUGUUUGAUAUCGAUAUGACGGAUUACGAUGACAUUCGCACCUGUUGCAGUGGUGCCGAUAUCUGUCACAAGUGUUGGAGCUUCAUGACAAUUGCCAUCAAAAUCAUUGACCGCGCACUCGAAGACGACUUUGGCUUCAGUCAUCGACUCUGGGUGUAUAGUGGUCGUCGUGGUGUCCACUGCUGGGUGUGCGAUGCGCGUGCGCGGAAGCUCACGGCCGAACAGCGGCGAUCGAUUGUAUCCUACUUGGAAGUCGUCAAGGGCGGCGAUAAAGCCGGGAAGAAAGUCAAUCUGCGCAACGGCCAUCCCUCACUCAGCCGAGCGCAAAAGGUCCUCGAGCGGCACUUUGAGCAAACGGUUCUCGAGGACAUGGGAAUCUUGGACGGCCCAAACACAUGGACCAAGAUUCUCGACAUGAUUUCCAACGAACAAAUCCGUGCGGAGCUCGUGAGCAAAUGGAGCAACUCAAACAAGACUGGAUAUGACCGAUGGGCCGAUCUCGUCAGCGCAAUCAAAAAUCCCAAGCUGAAGGCCGAACCGUGGCUGGAGCGAGAAAUCAUGUUCCAAUUCCUGUAUCCGCGCCUCGAUUCGAACGUUUCCGUGGGUCUAAAUCACUUGUUGAAGAGCCCCUUUUGUGUCCAUCCCAAGACAGGCCGAGUUUGUGUCCCCAUCAACGCAGCGGAGUGCGAAAACUUUGACCCUGCCAAGGUGCCCACUGUCGAUGAUUUGAUUGUGGAGCUGACCGAGUAUCAAAAGCAAAGGAAAGACGAAGGCUCUGCGGAUGACAGCCGUGUUCCCGACUACGAAAAAACCAGCCUCAAGUCGUACACAGACUACUUCAAGACAUGGGUCAAGGAUCUUGGCGAAGAAAACCUUGUCAUGUUGCGGCUUAAGAGAGAAGCCGAGGAGAAAACCAUGACCUUCUGAUCAAGAGCGGCCCCUGUGCCCCAUCGAAUGUGGAUUUUAUAUGCCAAAGCACUCGCCAACACCCCCGCCGUUGCGGGCUGAUAGAGCAAGGGUCGCUGUCGGAGCAGUGUUGGA